AUCACGCAAAAGUUAAGCAAUAACCAUUUCACUAUCGCCUGUUGAAACUAUUGCAAGCACCAUUUCCAUCCCAUCGAGCUACCAUCGGACGGAAUGAAGAAAGCACUCAUAUUGUUGAUGUUCGCAGUUGGUUGGAGUACCAGCGACUCGGGAAAGUCAAUCAAACACAAAAAGCGAGAACUACCAUACGGGACCAGCGAAACGGUCGAAUCGUCCCACAUCUUCGACACCCAGUCUCCUGAAGCCAACUACAACUGGGGUAACAAACAGUUUAAAGAAGUUACCAUUACCAAAAAUGUUCCAGUUCCGUUUCCGGUGAAAGUGGAAAAGCAUGUAGCCGUUCCGGUUCGGAUUCCGUUUCCGGUAGCAGUCCAGAACAACAUACCGAUCGUAGUGGAACGAAAGAUUCCCAUCUAUGUGGAGAAACCAGUGCCAGUGCAAGUGGAUCGACCAGUGCCUUACCCGUUGCCGAUCCAAAUACCAGUAUUUCACCGAGUGGCCGUAGAAGUGCCAAAACCCUACCCAGUGCACAUUCCUGCGCCUUAUCCGGUGUACAUUCAGAAACCGUUGUACGUUGAGAAAUCGAAGAAAUACAAACGGGUCAAGAAGAACACAUCGAAAGUCAUGAACAAUAGGCAGCACCACUAA